AUGACCGCUGUGCUACCGUCUCCGGCGGACAGCCAUUCGGGCUUCUCGCCAGAUCCAGAGCGGCGUCCAGUCACGCAGAGAUACUUUUUAGAAAACGCAGAUGAUGCUAUGGCGAAACCUCUUCCACCUCCUUAUCCGUCCGAUUAUCCAAGUCCAAUUGCAUCGUCUGCAGCCUCAUCGUCUCCUUCCUCACCAAUUCUCGCACCGACUACCUCGCAAAACCUACCCCCUACCCCAACAGGCUCCGUAUUUUCCAACGAACCUUGUGACCAAGACGAAGAGCCGUUGUUACCGCCGUACGAUGGACCAUUCUCUGAGGAGCCAAACUCCCCUACCGAAACUUCCGUUAAUCAGUCGGCGGACUUGCCUCAUUCACGCCGACCAGUACCGAUCGCCGACGACAGCUCAGUGGAGGAGGAACCAUCGAGACAUGUUGAUUAUCUAUCUCAUGAGUGGAGAGAGGAGGAUAUUUGGGCAUCAUGGCGUUACGUGGUUGGUCGCAGGAAAAUAUACGAGAACGGCGUCAGGCUGGAGAAUGCUUCAUGGAGAACAUGGUCCAAACUGAAACACAAUCUGGGAACUAUUUCCCCUGACACUCUGAACUGGCUCAAAGAUUGUGACGUGACCUGGCUAUAUGGCCCGCUUAAGACUUCCGAUGUGCGGGCGAAGCCGCUGAAUGCUUCACCCCCGCCCAGCUGCUCCGAAUCUCCAAGCCUUUAUCCUGACCGAAAAUCCAUUCUUAAAAAAAGGACUGCAUCUGAGACUAUUAUGCAGCGCUCACUAUCACAACACACUCUCCUGCAACAUGCGGGCGCGAUUCUGAAAGCGCAAGAAGCUGAACAUCCACGCAAUCGCCCAGGACUCGAAGUCCAUUUAUCAAGCCUUGAGCCUCUGAUUGAUAAGCCAUAUGACCAAGGCCUCGAGACCCCGCGGGCUCGAUCUACGACUAAUAUUUCAUCUCCUGGCGCUGGCUCGCCAGGUGAAAAGCGCCACAUCCAUUUCAACAAAGAGGUUUUACAAUGCAUUGCCGUGGAAGCAAAAGAUGAAGAAGAGGAGGAAUGGCUAGAGUUUGGAGGCGAGUCUUCUUGGGAUGAUUCGUUCAUUAUAAAGCCAACCUCUCCUAGUGGGGGAUCCACACCACGAGGGAGCUCUAACAGUGAGAAUAAAACGAUCGCCCCGCUUCCUUCGACUACACUUAAAUACCGCGGGGAUACUCCCGAACCUCAGCCCUCCUCUAUAAUCAGCCGUUGGUCUUGGGCGAAGUAUCUCCCAGGGCAUCGGUUAUAUUCUUCGUCUCUUGGGGAAACGCUGCGACGAGCCCGGCAAUUCCCUAAUGAUUAUGGUGGGGAUUGCAUUGUAUCUGAUAAUAAUUGGGAUCCUACUCAAAAUAUGGAUGGCGGAGCCAAUUCCUGGUUUGUGGAUUCAGAAGAGGAAGACGAAGCCGCUCAAAACUUCUAUCUGGCGUCUUUGGGGUUUUUACCUCAGGAAGAUGGACAGCCAUCUAAUGCCGAUAUUCUUUUUGACAGAAUGACUGACACUGUCAACACAGCGAAAGACAUUGCACAUGUCAUCUGGAAUGUCGGUUGGCGGGGUUAA